AUGACAUAUCGAUAUAAACCAAUUAAUUUAAUUCAUUAUUUACGUGAUGAAACUUUGAAAUGUAAUCAAUGGAAUUCUAAUCGAUCGAAAUAUUUACAACAUCGUUUUGAUUUGUAUAAUAAAUUAUAUUAUCAAGAUGGACAUGCUCAUUCUGGUUGUGUAAAUGCACUUGAUUUUUCUUCUGAUGGUAUUUUUCUUGCAUCAGGUGGUGAUGAUAAACGUGUAGUUAUAUGGAAUAUGGCUGAAACACUUUUUAAUGAAUCUAAUCGAUCACCAACAUUAUUAAAAGCAACACAUUUAAGUAAUAUAUUUUCAAUUAAAUUUGAUAAUCAAAAUCGACGUAUUAUUUCAGCAGGAAAUGAUGAACAAAUUCUAGUGCAUGAUAUUGAAAAACAAUAUCAAGGAUUAAAUAUUGAUCAUGCAGAUGAAUUAGUCGAUGUAUUUCUUGAGUCAUCACCAGUCAAUUCUUUAUCUGUACAACCACAACAUAAUGAUGUAUUUAUAGCAGCAACCGAGGAUGGUCAUAUACAUUUAUAUGAUUUACGUUCGGCUUCAUCAGCAGCUGAACAUGAUCAACCAUCAAUUGUUGUUGCUGAAUCAUUCGAUGGUUCAUUUCAUUCAUGUACAUUUCAUCCACAACAAACAUGUUUAGUUGCUACAGCCAAUGCUCGACAAGGCAUUGAAUUAUAUGAUACUCGACUAUGUAAAAGUCCUGUACUUCGUUAUGGUGCACCAAUAUCUUCAUUACGUAAAAUGUCAACUAAUCAUAGUGAUGAUGGUAUUGAAGGAAUGAGCGUUACAUUUAAUAAUAAUGGCAGUCUUCUAUAUGCUCUUCGACGUCGGUUACCUCCUGCACUUUUCAAACUUCAUCAACCACGUGCAUUUUGUCAAUUUGAUGCUGAUAAUUUUGUAAAUUUGUGUACAAUGAAAGCAGGUUGUUUUGUUGGUGAUCAUGAUCAGUAUAUUGCAUCAGGUUCAGAUGAUUUUAAUGUUUAUAUUUGGCGAAUACCAAGUAAUGAUGAUAGUGAUACACUUCAAUUUCAAUCUUGUUCACAUCUAAGUUCAAAUAAUUUUGUAUGGAAUGCUCAUAUGAUUUUACAUGGACAUCGAUCUGUUGUUAAUCAAGUUCGAUAUUCAUCACGUUUACAUACACUUGUAUCAAGUGGUGUCGAAAAAAUCAUCAAAGUAUGA